AUGGAUAUAUACAACCAAGUAACGGCGCAAGGCGACAAGAUUGAAUACAAGUCGCAAACUGGCCAGGAAUAUAAUAAAGACGUUCUUCCUGGAGAUUCCUCCGGCGCACCCGCUGCAGCACCAAAGCAAGAUCUUGUUACUCCUUGGGACGUAGAAGCUGCUGACGACGAAAUCGAUUAUGAUAAGCUUAUUGAACGAUUUGGCUCCUCGCCGAUUACGCCUGAGCUAUUGGAAAGGUGUGAGCGUCUCACUGGAAAGAAAGUGCACCGAUUUUUGCGACGUGGAAUAUUUUUCUCCCAUCGGGAGUUCGAGCAAAUCCUCGAUCUGUACGAGCAGAAGAAGCCAUUCUAUCUUUAUACUGGCCGAGGUCCUUCAAGUCAAGCCAUGCAUCUUGGGCAUUUGGUCCCCUUUAUCAUGACCAAAUGGCUUCAAGAUACAUUUGACGUCCCACUAGUCAUCCAACUUACUGAUGACGAAAAAUUCUUGUGGAAAAACCUCGAGCUUGAGGAAUGCGAGCAACUUGCCAAGGAGAACUCAAAAGACAUCAUUGCUUGUGGAUUCGAUGAAGACAAGACCUUCAUCUUCUCGGAUUUGAACUACAUUCCAUCUUCGAAAGCGUUCUACUGGAACAUGAAGAGAAUCGAGAAGUCCGUCAAUUAUAACCAAAUUAAGGGAAUCUUCGGAUUUGGAGAUUCAGAUGCUAUGGGAAAGAUUAGUUUCCCUGCCAUUCAAGCUGCGCCCAGUUUCUCCGGCAGUUUUCCACAGAUCUUCAAUGGAAACUUAGAUGUUCCCUGUCUCAUCCCUUGUGCGAUCGACCAAGAUCCCUACUUCCGAAUGACCAGAGAUGUCGCUCCGAAAUUGAAGCCUCCAGGGCUCCCAAAGGGUGCUAAAGGUUUACGAAAGCCAGCCUUGCUGCACAGCGUCUUCUUCCCUGCUCUCCAAGGCUCGAAAACAAAGAUGUCCGCCUCAGAUGCGACCACAUCGAUUUUCCUGACAGACACGCCAAAUGAAAUCAAGAAAAAGAUUAAUAAAUAUGCCUUCUCGGGCGGACAGGUCGAUGUGGAGACGCAUAGGAAAUUGGGCGGAAAUCCAGAUAUCGAUACGUCAUUCCAGUAUUUGAAAUUCUUCCUCGAGGAUGAUGAAGAACUCGCGCAGAUUGAAAAGGACUACAGAGCGGGUAAUCUGCUAACCGGCGAGAUCAAGCAAAAGUGCAUCGCUUGUCUUCAAGAAUUGGUAAAAGAACAUCAAGAAAGAAGAGUAAACGCGACACCAGAGAAGGUUCAAGAUUACUGGGCGAUUAGAAAGCUAAAGUACGACUUCCCUGACCCUCCUAAAAUUGAAGAGAAAUCUGGGAAGAAAGAAAAGAAACGUGGUGGCGCAAAGAAUCAGAAGUGA